GCCUGGCAAUGAGUUUUUCAUUGUAUCCCACACUUCCGUCGCCUUCCGUCAGGCCAUGGUUGUUGGGAGGUUACAUCCACGCGCAUCCGGACUCCGACAACAGCCCCUCUGUUUCGUCGAGUACAAACAGGAUCCUGGCCUCGAUUAUGACGAUAGAUCGAUUGCGUCACAGACGGGUUGCGACGUGACGAACACGACGUGCGGAUUAGCCGUGUAUUUAUGUACCUGCCGGGUGCCUGUCUGCUUCCGAAUCCCAACACGCUGUGGAUGUUUAGCUUUCUGGAGUACAACCGUUGAUCAGGAUGGCUUCGUACCGAUUUCUCCUGCUGAGCUCCCUGGGAUCUCUGCCCUUGGCUCUGGCACAUCCCGGCCUCAACAUUGUUCGAGCAGCGAACACGACCAGCGUUGGGCCGAGCGUCGCAUCUAAUGCUACUGUCCCUGCCACUGCCACCGCUCCUGCCAAUGUCACUGCCCCGCCGGUGGUGACAUACUCUACCACCCAAGCCCAUACCCCAUUCACUGGAGUGCCGACCACCACUGGGGCACUGACCGCUGGCCCUGUCGGUCCUGGUAUUGCUCCCCAGGGUAUCAACCCGACGGCUACCACAUAUCCCAGUGAUGGACAGCUCCAUAAUCCCCAGCCGGGUCCGUAUAUCCCAGCUGGAGGGGUUGGAACAAACGGGGAGACCCCUGUGUACAACGCAAAGAGUGACUUUGACUACGAAUCUUUGGCCCUCGCAUUGUACCAGGAGUACAUCGAACUCGACCUCUUUCACGAUGGACUGGCUCGCUUCUCUGCGGAAGACUUCACUGCUGCUGGAUUGACGGCGGAAGAUCGCUUUUUGAUCGAGUUCAUGGCGGAUCAAGAAGUUGGCCAUGCGACCAUGUUGACCAAUAUUUUGGGCGCCGAGGCCCCCCGGCAGUGCAACUACAUAUACCCCUACACCACCGUUUCAGAGUUCCUGGACUUCUGCCAGAAGCUUACCCGCUUUGGGGAAGCUGGUGUCUAUGGAUUCCUGUCUCAUCUGGACUCCCGCGAAGCUGCAACGCUUCUGACGUUGUCCAUUACCACGGAAGCUCGCCAGCAGAUGAUCUUCCGGCAAUUCGAGGGCCUCUUCCCGAUGCCGGUGUGGUUUGAGGUCGGGGUUCCACAAUCAUGGGCGUGGACGUUGCUUGCUCCCUAUAUCAGCUCCUGCCCGGAGAACCAGACGCGCCUGGCAUGGCAGAACUUCCCCGCGCUGUCGAUCCUGAACCAGCCGAACCCAGUCCGGAUCAACGGCGCUGAGGCAUGGAGGGAGACCAUCAGCAAUGGGACGAACGCGCUGAACAGCACCGCCGUUCCCAGCUCCCAAACCUGCCUGAACUCCGACACUGUUGGUGUUGACUGCUCGCCCGCCAUCACCCACAACCGCACGAACCCCCUGUCGUGGCCAGGCCGGGAGGUCUACCUGUCCUGGGAAGCACCCGGGCAGCCAGUUGGACCGAACAACAGCUAUGUCACCUCGACAAAUGCUGGAGCGCCGAAAUAUGUCGCGUGGGUGACGCAGCUGAACGUGACCUACUCCGAGUUGACUCUCAAUGGCUCGCGGGCAGGAUCGACCAUCCAGCCCAGCGUGGAGACCUACGCCGGGGAUCCGGCCAUCAACGGUACCGUGUUCAUUGCCAUUACAGAUACUGAUCUCUAUGUGACCCCGUUUAACAUCACCAUGUUGAACCCUCAUGUGGUUGCUGGGCCGGCUCUCUACCAGUCUGGAUAAUGCAGCUGCUCAAAAGCAGCGGAGGGGGUGAUAAUUGGUCAUGGAAGGCGGAAUGAGAGGACUACUUCAUAAUCAUAAUGU